GUGCAGGAACGUCAUCGCAGACACGAAAUUCACCUGAUCAUGCAUUCCAAUAAAAUGAUCAGUCGUUAUUAUUAACAUUUAGAACCCAAGUUCAUACGAUCCCUUUUAAUGUAACACCGAAAAUCUGUACCGUUCACAUCCGCCCGGUGUGUAGGUUUCACCAUGGCAUGGUAAAGUACGUAUUUUUCACUCUGAAAUACUACCAUGUGAUCAGCGAGCAGGGAGUCCUUCCCCAGACAUGAACACACAAGUCCGGCUCGAGCUCCGCACCAUGUAAAUACAGGCGCGGCAGCGCGGAGCGCGUUGCCAUGGCAACGCGGGGUGCUGGAGGGGAGUGGAAACGCGGCGCACCUGGUGUCUCAGGUGCGGCGUUUGAGUCACGGCGCUCGGCGCUUUCCCAUUGGCUGCGACGGUUGUGGGCGUGGCCGGGUGCGGAUCGGCAGGUGGAGCGACGAGAGGAGUUUGUGGACACUCAGACAGGGUAAAGAAAGAGUAAAGGACCGGGUAACUGAAAUAGCGCAGCGAAGACUGGAGCGGUCUCGAUUUCUACAGGGGUCCUGAAGACACCAAGGCGUUCCACAACAUUGGGGACAUGGAGCUGAGCGAGGAGUGGCAGGACGAGGACCCGCCCAGGUCAGGGGCCCACCCUCUCACCCCUGGCUCUCCCCGUACCAUGUUUACAACAGGGCUGCUUCCCGAGGACAUGGCAAGCCCAGCAGGUGGACAGCAGGGUCCUACAGACGACGGAGACCGACAAGCCCCACCCCAAAGCCUGGCUCUCUCCGGAAGCUACCCCAGGAAGAAGCGCCUGGUGGCCCCCACCCUCAGCCUCACGCUGGACCGUAGCGAUUCGGUCUUCUCUGAGGACUUCACCUCCGCUGCCCUGUCUCCUUCCCCUGAUGAUGAUGAAGACCUGGACAUCAACCUCGAUGCCAUGGAAACACCCUCUGACAGCGAGUCCUGCACGUUCCCUGGGAGUAUGGUGGACCUCGAGUGGGAGGAUGACCUGCCGCGGACAGGCCGGGUACGAGGCGGGGCCCUGCGCUCCUCUAUGCAGGAGCAGGUGGACACGGGUCACCUGGAGCUGGACCAGGUGGACAGCCGUGGGCGCAGGUGGCGUCGCUUCCACAUCGCUGGGCAGGAGUGCCGAGUGGACAUGACCGUGCUGGAGCCCUACCUGCAGGUGCUGUCCCACGGGGGUUACUAUGGUGAAGGAAUGAACGCCGUCAUCGUGUUGUCCUCCUGCUACCUUCCGGAAAACACCAUAGAGGACUAUCAGUACGUCAUGGACAACCUUUUCAGGUACAUUGUGGGCACCUUGGAUCUGAUGGUGUCGGAGAACUACGUCAUGGUUUACCUGUGCGGGAUGGCGCCUCGCAGCAAGAUGCCCAACAUCAAGUGGUUGCGCCAGUGCUACACCACCAUCGACAGGAGGCUGAGGAAGAACCUGAAAGGCCUGUUUGUUGUUCACCCCAUCUGGUACAUCAAGGCCCUCAUCACCAUCAUCAAGCCCUUUGUCAGUGUCAAGUUCAGCCGGAAGCUACACCUGGUGCACAGCCUGCGGGAACUGGCCCGGUUCCUCCCCAUGGAGCGGGUGCAGAUCCCUGACUGCGUGCGCAGGUUUGAUGAGUCGAUCGACAGAUAACGUACACAGAGGAUGGACACUACAGUUCCUGGACAACUGGACAUCCCCGGGGAGAAAAAGUGGACACCGUGGAACUUGUAACGGCGCGGGGAUGUUCUGAACAUCUGCAAAAUGUCCCCGGAGCCUCCGAGAUCCAACCAAAAUACCUUCCUGUCGCAGACUAUGUUCAAGAGCUCGCCUCAUCUUUAGAGCGCGACUUCCACGUUGCCAUGGAAACGGUCAGUCUGCAUCCUCUUUGACACAGCAGAGAUUGUAGCUGAGAGCUGUGUAACAACAGAGCCAUUGUGUUGACCGAGAGGGCUGGGCUCUGCCGCUUGAGUGCGUGUGUGUGUGAGCACGUUCAGGGUGCUGAAAGAAGCUUGCUGCUGGUUUUUCCUCAUUUCAACUUCAAUGCAAACCUUGCACUUCCAUGGUAACAGUGCUGUGGAUCAGGAGUUCCUACUCAGACUUGACUUAAAUCACAACAGUUUUUCUGGGGGGGGGCGGUCAAUACUGUAUAUUGUACAUGUGUAGGAUUUUUGUUUUUUGUUCAUACUCAUAAGGGAUUAAUGGUUUUGUAUUAAUAUUUAUUGCUGCCGUACGUUGGUGGCUUGCUUAAAGCUACUUGCUAAACUUCAUACUCAUAAUAAAAGUUUGUCUGCAUCUAUGAGUGGUCGUUUGGUAGAGGGUGAGAUGUUCACCUUCUCUGGGUUCCGUCAGCAGCUGGAGCUCAGUUACUGACCCGUGUGUGUGUGUAAAUCUGAUGAGACCUCCUGAAUCCAGAUGUUCAAGGUUGGAUGGUGUUUCUGCUACUGUCCUCAAUUUGAACGAGAUGUGACACCAUCAGUGUAAAACUCCAGCUUUGUGGUCAGUGAAGCAAUUCCAUGCAGGAACAGUAGGUGGCGUAGUGGUUACAGCUGUUACCGUGCGCUCCAAAAACCCAGGUUUGAA